UAUUUGAGAAGUCAGCAACUUCAGAAUACAGAUAUUUGCUAACAUUCUUCUUGAGAGGAGUUCUGAUGUUUAAGUCAUCAAGUACUGGUCUGAUAAGAAAUUAAAAAAUGGUGGCAAACGAAGAAGUGAAAAGCAAUGCUCCAACAAACGAGGGUCACACAGUUGCAAUGGAGACAAAGGAGGAGGUGGAAGACAGUGCUCCAACAAACGAAGGUCAAACAGCUGCAAGGGAGACCCAAGGGAGGUGUCCAUUCAAGCCGAUAGUGUUAAACAAUAUCACAGAUGGGAACAGAACAGUCGAUACACUUCACAAAGAAGCAUACGCAACUUUUUGCACGGCGGAGAGAUGUACAGGUUCCAUUAUGUACCCAGUUGGUGGCGAAUCAGAGAAGAAACAACCCCCCGGCAUGCUAAGACCUAAAGAGGAAACAAAGCGACAAGCCAUUUUUUUCUUAAAACAAUAUUAUGCUUCCAUGAACAGUGAAGAUAGUGAAGAACACAAGAGGAGAGUUGAAAAGGUUACAUCUGAAAUUGAAGAAACUGGUACCUAUGAUAUGGAUAUAAACGAACUGAAUUUUGGUGCUCGUUUGGCAUGGAGAAAUGCACCUCGUUGCAUUGGAAGAAUACAAUGGAAAAAACUACAACUUUUUGAUUGUCGGCAUGUGAAAACACCGCGAGAAAUGUUUGAAUGUAUCCUGCAACACAUCAAGUAUGGGACAAAUGAGGGGAACUUAAGGUCUACUAUUACCAUCUUCCCUCAUCGUUCUGCUGACAUGCUUGACUUCCGGAUUUGGAAUGCCCAGCUUGUAAAAUAUGCUGGUUAUAAGCAAGAAGAUGGUUCAGUGAUUGGAGACCCAGCCAGUGUGGAUCUAACGCAGAUUGCUCAACAACUUGGUUGGGUUGGUAAAGGAACACCAUUUGAUGUACUGCCAUUAAUUUUACAAGCUAAUGGGGAACUUCCUGAACUGUUUGAAAUCCCUGAAGAAUAUAUCAUGGAAGUAAAGAUCAAGCAUCCGACAUAUGAAAAAAUUGAUGAUCUGAAUCUGAAAUGGUAUUGUCUACCGGCUGUUGCAAACAUGUCGUUGGACUGUGGUGGCAUAGAAUUUACUGCGGCACCGUUUAACGGAUGGUAUAUGGCAACAGAAAUUGGCGCUAGAAAUUUCGCUGACAAAGACCGUUACAACAUGCUUAAACCGGUAGCAAAAUGUAUUGGUCUGGAUACAUCAAACAACGCAACUCUUUGGAAAGACACUGCUGUGGUAGAAUUAACCAAAGCUGUCCUGCAUAGUUUCAACGCAGCAGGUGUGACCAUAGCUGACCACCAUGCAACUUCUGAAUCUUUUAUGAAGCAUUUAAAGGAUGAACAAGCGUUACGAGGUGGAUGUCCUGCAGAUUGGGUGUGGAUUGUGCCACCGAUGUCUGGUGCGGCGACAAGGGUGUUCCAUCAGGAAAUGUUGAAUUAUAAACUAAAACCGUUUUACGAGUAUCAGACCGACCCUUGGAAGUAUUUUCCAAUUACAGCAGCUGAUGGACAAAGAAAAAAGAAAACAUUCAAAGGAGUUGCUGAAGCUGUAAUAUUCACAAGUAAAUUGUUCAUGAAGACAUUGGCGAAGCGCAACAAAGUAACCAUCUUAUACGCCACGGAAACUGGCAAAUCAGAAGAAUAUGCAACAAUGCUGAAUGAGUUGUUUUUGCAUGCUUUUGAUUCGAAAGUAAUUUGUAUGGAGGAUUACGAUUUCGCAAAUAUUUAUAACGAAAAGUGUGUCUUGAUCGUGGCAAGCACCUUUGGUAAUGGAGAAGCACCAGAUAACGGACAGGCAUUUGAACAAAAGCUGAGAAAACUUGUGUACCCAGAGCGCAUUCACAAACCACUGUACAGAACAAUGUCAUCAUCAUCAACUUUCACAGAAACACCCAAAACCGACCUGGAAAAUCUAAAAUUUUCAGUAUUUGCACUGGGAUCCAGAGCUUAUCCACAGUUCUGUGCAUUUGGAAAGCAGUUAAAUAAAUAUAUCAGGCACCUUGGUGCUGAGGAAAUGUAUUACCUUGGUGAAGGAGACGAGUUGAAUGGACAAGAAGAAUCCUUUAGGAUUUGGGCCCGAAACUGUUUUCAGUCAGCCUGUGAUGUUUUCUGCGUCAAAAAUGCAAAAAUCUCUGCAUCUUCAAUGGCAAUUUGGAAAUCCGUUGCUGAUUGGCAAGAAGGAUCUCAUAGAAUAAUAAAAGCCGAAAAGGAAGAUAAAACAGUUGAUCUUUGCAAAGGUCUUUCUAAAGUGCAUCGGCGCAAGGUAACAUUAUCAAAAGUUAUGGCUGUCGAAAAUUUGCAAUCAGAAGAGUCAGGACGCGUUACUGAUUUCGUGCAACUGAACACUAAAGAGUCAGAUGGGAUAGUUUACCAACCUGGAGACCAUUUAUGCGUCUAUCCAUCAAACAAUGCAAUUAUGGUUAAAGAACUUUUGGAUUAUAUAAAAACUGAGCAUGAUAUUGAUCAACCAAUCUUUGUGCAGCGUAUUACUGAAGAUGACAAGUGGGUGCCUGUAGCAGUACUCCCGACGCCAUGUACCCUCCGUCAAAUGUUUACACACUACCUGGAUAUCAACACACCUCCUUCGGUGAAGUUCCUGUCGCUUUUGGCAGAUAUGUGUCAAAAUGAAGAUGAAAAGAUACAGUUGACUGAGUUGGUAAAGGUAAAUGAGUUGUACGAAGAUUGGAAGUACAAAAAAUAUCCAAAUGUUUUGGAAGUUUUAAAGAAGUUUUCUUCAGCAAAACCAGACAUCACAAUGCUUAUCAGUCAACUGCCUAUCCUAAAGCCGCGUUUUUAUUCAAUAUCCUCAUCUCCAAAUCUGCAUCCUGGUGAAAUCCAUCUAACAGUGGCACUUGUGAAUUACAGAGUUGAUGCGAAGACGGAACAUUUUGGCGUUUGCUCAUCGUGGUUGCACUCUCUAGUGGAGGAUGAUACUGUUCCUUGCCAUAUCAGACCAGCACCAAAAUUCCAUUUGCCAGAAAAAGAGAACGUUCCCGUCAUUAUGAUUGGUCCUGGUACCGGCAUAGCUCCAUUCAGAUCCUUUUGGGAAGAGCGUGUUUAUCAAAUCAGUAAAAAUCCAGAACUGAAAUCCAAUAUGCAUUUAUAUUUUGGUUGUCGUAAUUCGAAGUUAGAUAACAUUUAUUGCGCAGAACGCAAAAAAGCAUAUUCGACUGGAGUGUUUAAAACGAGUUUGACCGCAUUUUCAAGAGAAGACAAUAAACCGAAGGUGUACGUGCAAGACUUAAUUCGAGCAAAUUCUGACGAAAUACUUUAUUUAAUCAUCCAAUAUGGCGGACAUGUUUAUGUCUGUGGUGAUGUAAAGAUGGCAGCGAGUGUUAAUAAGGCCUUGAUUGAACUAAUUGAAGAAUUUGGGGCAUUUACUGACGAAGAAGCAACAUAUAUCGUGGAUACUAUGAAGAGAGAUGGACGUUACCAUGAAGAUAUCUUUGGUGUAUUCAAACACAAAGAAGUAACAACAAAAGUGAGAGAAGCAGUUAAAAGGAAAAGAAAUGCUUCCAUGCGAGGCAGCAUGAAUUUCGGCGUUCCUACGUUUAUGUAAUACCAGUACACAACAGAAAAAGACGAAAAAAUUAUUUGUUUCUUAAUUGUUUCUUGUAGUUGUAGUUUAUCUUCAUUUACAUUGUAUUUUAUUUCUAUCUUAUUGCAAUAUCCACAAAGUCGCACAAGGAAAGUCACGUUAUAUAAAAUUCACACAAAGAAAAAUGGUUUUGUUUAAAUGCCAUUAAUAUUCCUUUGUAAAGCAAACAAAUGACUUGCAAAGUGAAACCAUUAUUGAGUCUAAAAAUGGAAGAUUUUCCACUGAAGUAAGUGAAGGCAACGAAAAUGAACACUAAACGGAGACUUCAAUGGUUUCUUUUCUUCUCUUUAUAUGUUUUUAUACAUAAUUCACUGUUUAACAAUGUGAACCAAUACUUUAUUUUAAUUUAACAAUUUAUAUAUAUAAUGCAUUUUUUGUAAUAUAGAUUUAUUUUUGUGCUGAUGUUAUACAAAAUUAUAUUUUACAGUGACGGUUCUAUCAUUCAAAUUUCCU